AUGGUAGAUACUGAAAGAACACCGCUUUUGAACCGAGGAGACGAAGAAUCAACGUUAGAAUCUUCGCACAAAGAUUUAUGUAAACGUUUAUGUCAACGUUUGUGCACGCGUGAAACUCUUUUAUUAUUCUUGUUGGGUUUGAUAUUGGUGUUUCUAGUGUUAAAUGUUGUUAUUCUAUAUAUUGUACAAACGAACGAACCUCAACUUCCCACGGACAUAUCGAUUAUACCAAAUCAUUAUCAGCUACGAGUUAGCAGUCGUUUUGCGAUAAACUUUCGUUGGGAUUAUGUUCUUGAAGUACCACCUCCACUUGAUUUGGCUUCUUUACCAAUUCGUGAGAAUAAAGAACAAGUGAAAAACUAUCUUUUGGAGCUAAACGAAAAAUAUUCACCGUCCGAUAACAGAAUUGCUUCAAAUAACAGUACUAAUUAUCCUAAUUAUCCAUUUGAAUUUGAAUUCGCUGAACUGGUUUCACGAUCUUACAAACUUUGGAGUCCUGCAUAUUACGAGAUGCGUGAAGAUAGAUACGACGAAGCUGGAAACGCUGCUUUGGUCGUAACUACAGUUGCAUCCACGGAAUUCAAUUUCUUUUCUACUGCUCCAUCCGUCAUUGUGUCAUUUACGCGUGCGAAAGAACUCGAGGCCGAUAUUCAAGCUUGUCAAUACAAGAUCACGUGGACAAGCCCUGUCUCUGAUGGAUUGAUCAAACGAAAAUGUCCACAACUGGGUGAAAGAAAAUUUAAAACGAUUUCUGUUGUUAAAGGAUCAAGUGAAUGGGGAAUGGAAUUUUUCGAUGCUAAUGAAAAUGAGCAUUAUGCUAUUGCUACUCCUUAUCCAGACGCGCCAUUCCCACCAGUAUUACCAGCCAUCUAUACGGCUUAUUAUGAUUAUCAUACCAACAGGAAAAAUGCCAAUAAUUUAAAAGAAAACCAAUAG